AUGACUCAACAAGAAGAGGACCGCGAUGGUGAUUUGGAGGAAAAAGGCGAAGACAAUACUUUCCGGUUAAAGUCUAGCAAAAUGAAGUUCUCCGCCGUCAUCCUCUUCGUCGCUUCCGUCGCCGCCGUUGCUCUCGAUACCGAUGUCCCUCCUGCACUCAGCCAGCCUGGUCGCCGUGGUGUUGACUGCGGCGCUUGCGAUAGACUGAACUUCUGCCCCGGCAAGCCCAACAAUAAUGUGGAGUGCGAGCUUGACGGCUGCUGCAAGAAGUGA